AAAAUAUUUAUUUUAAUCAAUAUUUUACUAAAUAUUAAUUGUGUUGAACGUGAGAGUGAUGUCAAUAUAACCACAACAAUAAAUCCCAUAUUAGAGGGACUAUUCAAUCAAACCGUCGAUAUAGAGGCGCCAACCAUCGACGGCACCGGCUUUGAUUUAAUGCCGGAACCAAUAAGGGCAUUAAACUGUCACAAUAUCAGCGAGGUCGAACAUAACUGUUCCAACAGCUGCCCGGCCAGUUGUGAGGAGCCGAGCAAACCCGCCUGUCGUAAUGACUACUGUUGGAGAGGCUGUGAAUGCAAACCCGGUUACGUGAAAGAGCACCAGAAUUGGACGUGUAUUCCCGUUGAGUUGUGUCCGACGUGUGGCGUAAACGAGCACUUCCGGGACUGCGGCAGGAAUUGCGAGCCCACGUGUGGGAACUACCAAAACACUCCCCCGCACUGUAAUAACAAUCAUAACUGCAAGAGGGCGUGUUUUUGCAAUUAUGGUUACGUUAGGGAUAUGGGUAAAAACGGCACGUGUGUUCCCGUUGACCAGUGCCCCCAAAAAUGCGGUCAAAACGAGUACUACGAAGAGGCGGGCGUUCCGUGUGUGCGGACUGCGGCCAAUCCGCGACCCAAAUGCCUGGACGAGCCGCCGGUGCCCGCGUGUGUUUGCAACACAGGUUACGUACGAAACAACCAUACGGGACGGUGCGAACAACUCUACCCUGGUCACGUGGAGAAGUGCGGCGGAAACGAGACGUUCAGUCAGUGCGGCACUGAAUGCGCGCGAAAGUGUUUCGACGAAACCAAACGCCACUUUUGUCCCACUAUUUGUCUGAGGGGUUGCUUUUGCAAUGAGGGCUACGUUCGCGACCCACACAACCAACGCUGCCUUUUGGCCGCAGAUUGUUAUACUGUGUACUGCAGUGAAGCAUAA